CGAACAACUUAACGAGGCAUUCGGGUUCGACGACGCCUCCAUAUCGAUCAAUUGAAAGGCAUUCAACCCCGGUAGACGUUGCGUGCGUCUAUACUGGCAAGAUGCCCCCAACUGCGACGAAGUUCCUCGCCGUUCCUCUCCCACCUCCUUUCCUCCUCCCUCGCUCUCUCCUCCGAAAACCUCUCAAUGCCUCCCAGAGACGAGCAUUCGGCAUCAGAUCAAUAGAAGGUGCACAACCUAGACCGAACCCGUACAAUGUGGUGUCUGGCAUCAAACCUCUCUUGUCCAGCCAAGCCGCAGCUUUUGAGCGCAGAAUCAAAUCCGACACUCUACCCUUAAGGACCGGAGCUUUAGCCAUUAAAAAAGGAAUGACCGCCAUCUAUGAUGUUGAAAGCGGAAAGAGAAUACCUUGUACGGUACUUCAGCUCGACCGGAACGAGGUGGUCAGCCACAAGACGCGCAAGCGACAUGGAUACUAUGCUGUCUGUGUGGGCAGCGGGUUGGUGAACCCCAAAAACGUAACCAAGCCAAUGCUGGGCCAUUUUUCCGUUCAGGGCGUCAGUCCCAAACGCUAUCUACGAGAGUUCCGGGUGCGGAACCGUGAUGGACUGUUGCCCAUUGGGGAAGAGAUCCGAGCAAACUGGUUCGAGGCCGGACAGUUCGUAGACACCCGGUCGAAUUGCAAAGGAAAGGGCUUCGCUGGGCCUAUGAAGAGGUGGGGCUUCCAUGGUCAAGAUCGAUCUCACGGUCACUCCCUCAGUCACAGAUCUCACGGUACGCUGGGUCAGGGUCAAGGCGGUGGUAGUCGUGUGUAUCCCGGCAAGAAAAUGGCAGGAAACAUGGGAGGACAGCAAAACACCGUGCAAAAUCUGAAAGUGCUGCAGUCAGAUCCGGAGAACGGGAUUGUGAUUGUCAACGGCGCCGUCAGUGGUCCCAAGGGCUGUUUGGUCAUGAUUCAAGACGCCCUAAAGAAACCCUGGCCUCAAGUGCCUGAUCCGCCGAAACCGUCCGAGAUUGAUGCAGGAUUGAAAAAGGCUGUCGGGGCGAAAGUUCCAGCAUGAAUUGCAGUCACUAUUUGAUUAUACAAAUGCUGUAUCAUUACGGGAAGAUUUGCUGGCACUAUUGGAGGACCAUGAUACCCCAAGGUCCUGGGGAGAAGGGGCCGCAAGGCCGCAGAGUCGUCGUCUGUUGAGCGACAUCUGUUCAACGCCAGGCUAGAGUUGCGAAGUGGUGCCCAGGCGACCUUAGCCUCAGCUGCUAGGCCUUGUCAAGUGUUGUGGUGACGGACUCGGUCCCUCCCAGAAAUCAUUGAAUGCUCGGAGGGCGCAGAGGAUUGACCCUAAGAUAAACUGGGGGUGUGUAUGAGACCAAAGCACGUCGCCCACUGGUUGCCGCCUGGAAGAUUGAGCCAUCAACAGACGACUGAGGGAUAUUUCGAGGAUGCCAUGGUCAGGUGGAAGGUUUCCACGAGGGCGGUGCGCCAUCCUUCUUAGCCAAAGGCUCAAAGGCUCAGAGGAGCAUAAAAUUAAAGACUUCUUUCACGCAUGUGCCCUGGUGUUCUCUGGCCCAUGAAGCGGCCGUGGGAUCUCCCAGACGAUCGUCUGGUCCCUUGCUCUCGCCGUUUCAGCUCACGCAAGCCCUCAAUAGAAUCCGCACAUUCAUAAUACGACCUGUUUUAUCGUCCAGAA